GUCACCCGCUGUCGCUGUCGCAGCCAUGGCCCCGCCGCUGCUCCUGGUGGCCUGCGCUGUGGUGGCGCUGCUGCCGCUGCGGCCCCGCGCGGCCCCGGCGCAGCCCGCGUACCCCGGGGACGACGCGCCCGUGGAGGAUCUGCUGCGCUUCUACAACGACCUGCAGCAGUACCUGAACGUCGUCACCCGCCCGCGGUACGGGAAGCGGGCAGGUGGGCGAGCGCUGGGCGAGGAGCCCCUCGGCGCCCCGGGGUGCUGAGCCCCAGGGACACCGCCGCGGCCGAGUGGGUAAAGAAGCCCAGAAGGUGCAGCCCCCCCGCCCCCGCUGCACCCCCGGCCCCCCCAAAGCCGGCACCGCGGGGCCGGGACAGACCCCCAGCGACAAAAAUAAAUCCCCUGCAGCCA